AUGGCUAGGGCCGCAAAAACUCUGCAGCUCCGCGCAAAUGGCCUCUGUGCGGCGCUGAGGCAGGCAAACCCUGCGCGCGAGGAGAUUCUCACUGGAUACAGAAGGCUUGGCGGCUCCCGCCUCCGCGUGGAGUCACACACGCAGCCGCAGCCUUUGCCAGCAGCCGCCCGCCAGCUCGGCGGCGCCCAUCAGCUGUGCAGACACUGGGAGAGACCAACCUGCGGCGCGUCUGCGCUUUGUUCUUCCGGCGCAUGUUUCGACGUGUCUGCGCGUUCCUUCUCCACGAGGCGCGGAAACCUGCUGGGCCUCGAUGAGUUGGAACGCAGACUCGAGACCGGAGAGGCCGCCCCGGGGUUCUCCCAAGGAGGCUACGACCGAAGAUUUGAAGGCGCAGUCGUCGCAGCCACAGCUGACGUCCUUCUGGUGCGCGGCCUGGGCGCGGCGUCUGUCGGCAGCCUAGUGGCGUUCGACGGAGACGCCUCAGCUGCCUCGUCGUUCCAUCUUGGCGUUGUCCUGCAGCUGCUCGACCAAGAUCUGACUCUCGUAGGGCUUCUCGGCGACUGCAUGCGUGCCCUUCCGGCGCCUGCCGCCGCCCCCUCUGCUCCCGGCUGCGCGGUGAGCAGGGCGCCUCUCGUGGGCGACGUGUGCAGACUAUUCGUCGGCGACAGCUGCGGCGGCGUUUCAGAAAAGGACCGAAAGCAGAUCACGUUGCCGCUCCUUCGGCACGCGCCUCUCUCGCUGCUCUCUACUCUUGCCUCUGGCAACACGCCGUCCCAAGACGCCGCCGAUGCCGCCACCGCUUCUGAUGCUGCGCGGGAGCCUCAGGAGUUUUGGAAUCUCUUCUCGCUGCCCGCGCGGGGGACAGCUCCGUCGCAGCCCCGAGGCUCUGCGGCGACGGCUCUGCUCCCUACAGGCUCCGUGGUGCUCGACGCGCUGUCUCCGCUCCAGCUGGGCGCGUCGGGCGCGGUCGUCGGGCCUGUGGGGACAGGCAAGUCCACAUCCCUCCUGCCGCUCGUGGCCUCGCACCUUGUCUCCUCUUCCUCGCCGCUGGCCAAGGCGAGUCCUGCGGCGAUCACCGCGGCGGCUGCGUCCGUUCGCUCCAGUCUCUCGGCAGCCGCUGCAGGACUUGCCUCACCGUCAGAGACCGAGCGCGCGUUGCGCUUGCCGCCACCUUCUGUCAUUUUCCUCUCUCUGCGGGCGUCUCCGCUGUCGGCGCUGGAACGCUGGCUCGACACCCUGACUUCGGUGGCGAUCCCCUCCGCUACGGCUUCGAUGUCGCUGCUCGGGGCGGCCGCGGCCAAGGCCGUCCGCGCCGCGCCGUGGUGGCGCGCCGGGGAUGAAGAAAGCAAACGGGCGACCGCAGACGAGUUUGCGAAGCUCGGGAGGGAGGCCGCUGUGACGGCGGCCGCUCAGGGCCUCGCGCGAGGCGCGGGUGGGCGCAAGAGCGACGAGCAACCAUGCGUGCCGCCUGGGCUUCUCUUUCUGUACGCCCACCCUGAGAUGCAGCAGAUGCCCUGCUGUAUCUACACUGCGCCGAUGCUCGCACUGAAGGCUGCUCUCGCGAGCCAGGCCGCCGGACAGAACGUCCUGUUAGUCAUUGAUGGACUCGACGCACACGCCGCCGCGACUGAGCAGCUGAAACAAAAUGUGAAAAACCUCCUCGCGUCGCCCUCCGCCCGCGCCGUCCUACCCGCCGCUGGGGCGAGCAGGAAGUCCCAGGCAGUAGGACGGGGUGUAAGUACACCCGGAGGCGUGUCUGUGGCGGACGCCGCAGAGGCCGGUGCCCUACCCGUGUUACCGUUCGCUUCUCUCAGCAGUUACUACGGCCAGCUUGUGAGUCAGACAGGCGCAACUGCCGGCGAGAAAAAUUCUUCGCUGUCGCUUCUCUGCGUCCUCGACACGCCGCCAGGUGUAUGCACACCCGGGAGUGCGGCGGCCGCCGGCGUUGGCGCGGACCUGACGAAGCAAGAGAGGCAGUGGAGCCGCGUGCUCAGUUCGACGAUCCACGGAGACACGUCCCUCGGCGAAGCGACGCUGCGGAAGGCUGUCGAGGUUGCGCAAGAGGCGCUCAUUUCCUCUGUGGAUAAGACCGUCGUAUUCAACCCCGACGCGCAACUCGAAAGACAGAGCAUGCACCAACUCAACAAGGGUCGCCGCAUCUACUCGGGGCGCCAGGCCUGCGCUGAAGCAACGGCGGACGCCAGGCGGAAGUUGGACGAGGAGAGUUCUCUUCGCGCGUCCUCCGGGGCGAAGCGAAAGAGUGGCGGGGGUGUCGGCUCUUUCUACCCGAUGGUCGACGUCGAGUUUCUUCUCUCAAGCUCACCAGCGCUCCUAUCUGCAGAUGCAUGCGCUGCGCUCUCCGCCUCGUGCUUCUCGCCGUCGCUCCAAGAGAACCCACCCCCCCCGGAGGUGCUGUUUGAGGCACUCAAAGACCUCUGCCACAAGCAUGCGAGCUGCGCGAAAUCAGGUAUCCAGGAGACGGGCGCGGCGGAGCGGGAGAUCUCAGGCCUGCCGGGAGUGGACUCCAGCGCGUACGAUCCCUCGCCGCUGCUUUCGGCCGCAGCCAGUGCAUUUGCGUGGCAGCAGAAGGUGCUGCGGAGUCAGACCGAGCGCCAGGAGAUGAUGGCGGCGCUCAAGUUGUUCGUGGACGUUUGGGAGGAAGAAGAGCUCGUCAGUCUGCGGAUCGCGUCAGGUGUAUGUACAGCUCAGCGCGCAGGCCGCUCGUUCAGCGCGGCUGAGCAAGUCGUGCUUCUUCGCGCGGCGGCGACGCUGCUGUUUGCGCCGCCGACUGGGGAGGAGCGGGCGAAGGAGCGCGAGCGGGAAAAGUCGCUGUCCUCUGCGGCGCGCGUGGCAGCGGAGGCAGCGGGCCUCGCGCUGUGCAAGAAGCCUUGGUUCGUUGGGCAGGACACCGGGCUCGUUUCCUUCGAGGACCUGUGCGCCUUCCAGGAAGAUCUCUUCGGGCUCUUUCGCGAGCUGCAUCCGCAGGUAUGGAAGACGCUAUGCAGGUACCUCGCACAGCACGAGGCGCAGCGCCGCGCGCGGAAGGAGCUCGCUGAGCCGCGGGCAGCUGGCGAAGCGGCGGCGCAGGAGCGGAGUGUCAUGGUGAGAGACGCGGCGCUAGACUGCCACCUCAACGAACGAGUCAAAGAGCUGCUGCAACUGAUUGGCGCCAUCGAUAGAGCCCUCCUUGACUUGAGACCUAUGCUCGCCCUCACGCGGCCUGCUUUCGACGCGUGA